AUGGCGGUUCCAAGGAAACGCAAACACUCUGGUGAAGAGACUCUACCUGAAAAGAGACAAAAGAAGACCAUCGAAGCUUCUAAAUUUGAAGAACCGGAGAAAUCAAUCACAGCUUUGAUCAGACUUCGUGAAACAAAGGCGGAUUCAAAGGUUACGCGACUGAUCCGUGAGAAUACGGCUUGGAGAAUUCGUGAUCACGAUACAAAGACGAAGGAGGGCGAGGUUAUUACAACGAAACCAGGCCGUGACAAGAUUGAGAAACAAAACCACGGUUUCAAAGACUUGAUAGCAAAGGCACGUGAGAAACUGCAAGAAAAGAGGCAGUUUGAUGAUAGGAACACUGACAUUGCAAGCCAGAGGAUAGCUGCUCGGUUAGCUCUUGAUCAGAUAGUAGAAACUGAUGAUGAUUUCGAUGAUCAUCUUAAAUAUCAUACAGAAUUGCAAAACCUUGGGUGCCAUUUCAUCCGCGAUCAAGUCAGUUGCUUGAAGAUGUUCAGUUUGUUGUCAAGAAACGACUACGACAUUGAUAGUAAAUAUGUCAAAGUUUCAGUGUAA